GAAUAGACUCUGAAGAUGGAUUUCAAAAAGUGGUUUUGCACGUCAAUGUUCAUCGUGUUCCAGAUUAUUAAUACAGCAACAGCUUACUUAGGAACAAUCAGUCUGAAUGAAGUAACGUGUCACAACGUACAGAACAUAUACCCAGUCUCAGGAGAUGUCGCCUUCAAUAUAGACUGGAGCGGAGAGAAAAUAACUAGAGACUGCAAAAUCAUUUUUCAACCAUCUCCAGAAAAUCAGAAAACUUGUAUUGAAGUGGUAUCUUACCAAAUAAGAAACUGUGAUGUUCAGCUGACAUACUCUACAUACAGCAAGGGGGAGAACUCUGAUACGGUUUCCUAUUCGUGUAAAGCUUCACCCACACAGUUCUGUGGUGACAGUAAAAAUGUGGCAGUACAGCUCACACUCAAAAAUCCCUCUAAUCUGAUCAAUAACAGCUUCCGUUUAAAGACAACAACCACAAAAUCUAGCACACUUUCUAAAUCUUCAACGAUGACAGCAGUUGGUGUUGGAAUUGGUGUUGCUGUCUUCAUGGUGAUCAUACUGUUUCUUGUAUAUCGCAGACGACACGCCAUUGCACUUGCCAUUAGAAGCAGAACAGCAGGAACACGACAUUUGAUGACAUCAGAUGCAGACGAUUCCCACGUGUGACAUUUUAUUCAGGAAUCUACGCUUCUACGACAAUUGCAGCGGAGUAAGACGUCAUCAGAGACAGGGCAUCAAGAUAGGUCAAACCUUGGAAUGUCGCAGCAAAAUUUCCAAUGCCUAAUUAAAUAUCUUGUUG